AGGAGGUCAGGGACGUACGGCAGCCAACGAGCCGCUGUACAAGGAGCAGGAAGGUAGGGAGCGGAAUGCUGCUGUCUGGGGCUCGUCCGGCGUUUAUAUACUCUCCCAAAGUAGAGGGGAUGGAGUUUCGCCUCGCCAGAGGCGGUAAGAAUCGUCUCGAUGCACGGAAGAUGGUGCGCCAUCGGUACCCUCCUUAUCUCCGCGGUCAGCUAGCUUUGCUGAUAGCCGAGCGUCUUUCAAUAAUAUCAUUAAUCAUUUUCUCGUCACAAUUUUACUUUGUGACAGUCGAUAGAACUGGCAACAUCAAGAUGAGAAAAAAAGAGGGCUCUGUGAUUCAUACUAUCAAAUCUGAUAGCGACCUUGCUAAACUAUCAGUGUUGGUUGCGAACGUUGAUCCAGGUAAUUCCGUUAAAUGAUUGGGUCAGCUCUACGGUUGAUAAGCUAAAAGCAACUUGCUCAGCUGGUCCUGAUGGUCCCCCUGCCUAUAUUAUUAAGGGUUGUAAGGAUAUUCUAGAACUUGCUGUUGGCUUUCCCCAUUGAUGGAACGACGACUUUCGAUUCGCAGGCACAGGUUGUAGGCUGUGGAAUGAUCUUCCAGCUACAGUCCGGGCCAUUGAUGGGCGUGAUCUCUUCGAGGCGGAGGUCAGACGGCUUUUGUUGGUGUAAGUUGGCUGGCAUUUGCAGCUUUAGUGGUGGGCUGUGUGAAUGUUUAUAAUACCUCUAUAAAUUUCAAUUCU